CAAAACACGCGCUCCUCGGCGUUCACCGGGCCUUCUACUUCCAUGGUGACGAAUCCAAACCAGAGAUCAACGGCGCUAUUUUCAAACCACUUUACCGCGGAAACCGUUCAAUUUCAACACGCUUAUAAUUAUUUUACGUAGUUUGUAAACCCCGCGUAGCCUUACAAGUAGCCCCGACUUGCUGUUGACUCGAGGAGUGGCACCGUAAUGGUAAUGUGGCGUUAUGCUGACGUUUAUUAAGCUAAUAGCCGCUACACAAACUGUUUACCAGUAGCUAGCUCGAUGUCUCCUCAGAGACGAAGGGAUAGCAAAACCAGCUAAUUGCGUUUUGCUCGUAAAUGCUAGUUUUAUUAAUUUAAACAAUUGGCAAUAAAGCUAUGUAACAUAUCCCCUUGCCAUCUCCAAAGUUCUACUUUAUAAGUGAAACCGUGGGAUUUAAAGCACUAGUUAGCGAACUGCAAGCAAUUCAAAAUGAGCAACGCAGAGAGGAAAUUUCUCAAUCUGCGGAAACGUCUGGAUCAGCUGAAUUACAGACAACCUCUCGGAAUAGAGUCGCUGCCGCUAGUGGAGAAACUGUUCAGCGACUUGGUCCACACAACGGAGAGCCUCCGCAAUGCCAAACUGUCGGCAGGAAAAACCGAGAAAGAGAGCCGAAAUGUUGAUGCUCUGCUGGAGCCUUACAAGGCAGAGAACGCCAGACUGAUCAAGGAAAACAACAGGAUGCAUCUUGAGCUCUUGAAACUGAGGGAAGAGAAAGAUAAUUUCUGUAGAGAGCUUAAAUUACAAAUCAGGAAGCUGGACAACGAGACGUCUGAUCUCAAGUUUCUAAACAAUCAGUAUGUCCAUAAGGUGCGCUGCUUGGAGAAGGACAGUAGGGCUAAAGCUGAGCGGAUCCAACAGCUGCAGGAGAAGAACAUGCAAGCCGUUGUGCAGACGCCAGGUGGGAAAAAGCGCAGCAUUCCUUUCAGACGUCAGAGAAUGCAGGUUGACGAACUUGCACCUCCUUCCUAUACAUCAGCCUAUCCUGUCCCACAGCCUGAUGAUCCGUAUGUAGCUGACCUUCUGCAACUAGCUGAUGGAAGGAUCCACGAACUGCAGGAAGACAUUGCCGAUCUCAAACUAGACUUGGAAAAUGCCCAAGAAUCUAUAAAACAUCUCCGCAUUCAGGUGGAAGAAAGGGACGCAGAGGUGGAGCGUCUGAAUCGCUUGCUUCACGGAGGGCGGCCUUAUGACAUCAUUUCCCUAGAAGCCCACAACGUCAGCAACGAAAAGCUGAUCGCUCAUCUCAACCUCCAGAUCGAGUACUUGCAGGAGGCCAACAGUGCCCUCCAGGACAGGAUAGAAGGACUGCAGCAAACGAAGAGGGACGCCUCCACAGAGGUGGCGAACCUCUCCUUAAAGAACCUGCAGCUGUGUGAGGAGCUGACGCAGAUAGAUCACCUCGCGCAGUGCAUGGAGAUGGACAAGGAGCGUGUGUUGGAAAACGUUGAUAUAGAGCUACAAAAAGCAAAAAAAGAAAUUCAAAGGAAAGAGAAAAUCAUUGAAGACCUUGAGAAUAUUGUCACACAGAUAAGAAGGGAGCAAUCCGAAGGAGAGUUUGAAAGAAACCGCUGCAGUAAUCAGCUGGUGGAGCUGAAGCAGCAGAACGAAAAGAUGGAGGCGCUGGUCAACUUCCUGGAGGACGACAAAGCCAGGCUGCAGAAGAAAGUGGAGACGCUGAUGGCGGCCGAGAAAGAGCUGGUGCUGGAGUUGGAGGCUUUCCGUUCUAAGCAUGGCGUCUGCGGCAGGGAGCGUUCCCCAUCUCGCCUGGACGCCUUUGUCAAGAGUCUAGAGGAGGAGAGGGAUUUCUACCGCCAUGAGGCUGAGCGGUACAAGAGAGCCAGAGAAGCCGGCGGAUCAGGUUUCAGUCCCAGCCGCACUCCAGACAGAGGCAGGAGUCCGAAAGGCAAGGGAAGUGUUCCAGACCCGGAACUGUUCUUUGUGAUCAAAGAAAAGGAUGAGCUCAAGGCCGCUCUGAUGGACUUUGAGAGGCAGAUGGAGGACAUUCAGAACAACGUUCAAGUCCUCAGUAAUGAGAGAGACCACUUCAAAACCCUUUUUAAGCAAGCUCAAGACGACCUCAUGGCGGCCCGCAGAGCAGAUCUGUCGGCCGACCUCUUGAGAAUGCAGGAGGAGGUGAGACGAGUAGAGAUGAAGUUGGACCAGAUGACCUCUGAACGGGACUCACUGAUGGAGAGGUUAAAGGGUGCCCAGAUGUCAGCGCUCACUGACAGAGAGCGAGACGAGAGGAGGAUUCUCGAGUUGGAGAACACUGUCGGGAGUCUGGAGCGGGAGAGGUUGGACCUGCGGGCCCAAGUGUGCCUGUUGAAAGACGGCAAGGAGGCUGUGGAGGAAGAGCUGAAGGUUCGCUCCAUUGCUUCGGAAGAAGUCGCACAGAGAUUGGCCGAGGCCAACUCUCUGAGACUGCUGCAGGAGCAGAUGGAGCAGUCGCUGUCUGACAUCCAGCGAAGACUCUCGGUGAAGAUAAACGAACUGCAUGUGGCCCACGAGCAGAUCGAAGAACUUCAAGAGAGAUUAGGGGAGCUGAGUCAGCAGAGCUCCAAAUGGAAUGAGGAAGUGGAAACUCUCCAGAAGUCGAUCUGUGUCCUGGACAGAGAGAAAGAUUUCCUACAGGACGAGGUGGAUCAAAAGACGGAGAAGCUGGUUGCUCUCCAGGAUGACCUGUCCCAGAAGGAAAAAACCCUCGAAGACGUGAGACUCACUGUCAAAAAUAUGGACAACUCCCUGGCUCAGCUGCAAGGAGCGCUGAAGAGUCGAGAGCGGGAGAUCGGCAGUCUGAGGAGGCAGCUGGAUUCGUCUCAGGAGGAGCUGCCUGCUCUCAAGAGAGACAAAGAAGUCCUGCUGAGAGAAAACAGGAGGCUGCAGGACGACCUGGCCACCAUGACCAGGGAGAACCAAGUUGUACAUUUAGAAAUGGAGGAGGCUUUGCACAAGAAGGACGAGUUGAAUUCCAGGGUCCAGUCGUACAUUUCUGAAGUGUCCAGAAUAGAGAAACUGAUGGCCACAAAGGAACAGGAGAACAGGGACUUACUGGAGCGCUUCAGGACGGCCCACUCUGGGAUGCAGGAGUGGGAGAAGAAACUGCACCAAGCAGAAGGCCUCAAUAACUCCAUCCGCCUGGAGCUGCUCUCCUUGGACACAGAGCGCCGGCAGCUCCAGGAGAUAGUCGAACAAAAAGACAAAGAGGUCCAACAGCACAUGCAGGCGCUGCAAGCGUAUGAAGCCCAGGUGUCCUCUCUGACCCGUGGGAUGUCCCAGCUGGAGGAGGAUCUGUACAAAGCCCAGGAGGAGAAGGCGGCACUCAUUUCUGAUCUGGCUUCUGUCAGGGAACUGUGUGUCAAACUAGACUCCGGAAAGGAACUCGCUGCACGACAUUUGACCUCCAAGAGCAUGGAGCUAGAGAGGAUCACCGGAGAACUGGAGGAUCUUCGAUCUGAGAUUGAGGUCCUGAAGAGGCAACUAGCCAGUGAGAGGCUGACGGUGCGCAACCUGGAGACGCUGCUGUCCACCAACCGGCAGAAAGAGUUCCAGACGCACCUGGCUGCCAGCGAGAGGGAGUCUGAGCUGAGAGCCCUGCGGGACAAGCUCGCUCUGGCUGACAGCAAAAACGGAGAGAACAUCAGAGAGGUGUCCCUCCUCCGUGGCAAAGUGUCUCAACUGCAGACAGAGAUGGACGUGAUGAAAAGACAGCUGACCACAGAGCGCUUUGAACGUGAAAGAGCGGUUCAGGAGAUGCGCAGGCAGGGUUUGUCAUUUUCCUCUCUGCAAAGCUCGCCUCUCCAGAGCUCAUCCAGCGGCUCUCACCACACUUCAGCAGAACGCUCCGUCCUCCGAAGUCAUGAACUCUCAGACAAGAGUGUUAGCUUCAAGGAUUAACUGCUAACGACAAGUUUAUCUGCAGUGAGUCAGAUAAACACUUGAAGUUUAAGUCUGGACAUGAAGUAUGAAGGCUUUCACAGACCGUGGCAUGAAGUAGCCUGCAGCAUACCUCAGUGGUGCUAAAGUUUGCUUAAUCAAACAACGUCUCAGGAUACGGGGGGUAAAAAAGCUGCUGUGAAACUUUUUUUUUUUUAAUAUGCUUACUCGACUUACACGCCGUUGGAUCAAACAUGUCUAAAACUGAAUUGCAUUCUUAACCUCUAGCACUUAAGUAUUGAAAUGUUGAGUUUUGUGGAUUAUACUUAAUAUUUGUGUUUUUUAUAUAUAUAUAUUUUUAAUAAAUUAUUUGUAAAAUAAAAGGUUAAAAAAAAAGAAAAUAAAAAGAAAUGGUGUACAUGAUUUUUAAAAAAAAAGGUUUUUCAGUUUCAUUAGAUGGUAAACAGUUUAAUCUGUAGAAGUAAGAGGGGAGGGACAUCGCCGUCCAAGACUAGAACAUUAGAUUGACUUAAAAGUACAAAAGUUCUGUAAUUUAAUUUUUGGCAGAGAGUUUGUAACACAACAUGCAACCAAAAUAAAUUUUAGAACAGAAUUAGGUGCAAAAAAAAUCUGAACAUUUAGGGGGGUGUUUCUAAUCUACACAUGUUCACAGUUGUACAAAAUGCAUCCCAUACCAUUUGGUCAAAUGUCUCUUAGCAAGCUGCACCUUGGCAACAGGGCACAUAUAGUCAUCAAGUUGGUUCUGGUCCUCUUAUCAGAAAUAGUAGAAUGAUUUUUGAAGGGUACUGGUACACUGCACAAAAUUACUGAUGAAAGGUGAACUACCUUCAAACUUCACCUCAAAUCAACAAAUAGUUUGAAACUAAAACAUAAGUGAGAAUUCUGACAGUACAAUGAUCCAACCUCAGACCUACAGACAGUUUUCAGACAAUGUUAAUGUCAGGUUGAUGCCAGAAAAUCACUUUAACACUCCAUGUUAGAAGAAUGGUCAAAUAUCCAGCCAGAGAUUUCACCACAGCUGGUUGAUUUUAAGCAGCUAGCUAAUUAGCUAUCUGAAAAUAUCACAUUUGUUUGAUCUUUCUUUGAAGUUGAAUGUUGCUUCAUCAUUCCAGCCUGACAAUAACAGUUCAAACUCAUUAAAAUAACUAAAUUACUAAGAUUCAUGCCAGUAAUUAACUUUAGCUGAAACUGUGUUUCAGUCUAUUGUGACCUAUUUACUGUAACAGUUCAAGUUUCAGUGACCUUUUUCUCGUCUGUUCAUUUUUGAAGCUUUAGUGGUUGGUGUGACAUCAGAAGUACAUGUUUAAUAUCUCUCAAAAUAGUCUCUUUUUCCUUAGGAAUAAAAAAUAAUACAAAAUGAAUUUAUAUAUAUAUAUAUAUAUAUACAUAUAUAUAUAUAUAUAUAUAUAUA